AUGGGUGCUCAGUAUUCGUCAUUAAAUGAUUUGAAAUCGAACGAAUGUUUAACACGUUUUGCUAGUGAAGAGUCCAUAUCCGUGAAUGAUCCAUUUUGGAAUCAGUUUCUAUCGUUUCGUUUACGAACUCCGUUUACAACUGCACAUUCGAAACUAAUCGAAGAGUCAACUUCGAUCUAUUUACAACAUCUAGAAACAAAUAAUCCGAAGACCAACAAUUACGGCAUAUUAAUCGAAGUUUUUAUCCGUUUAGCAUCGGCUGUUCGUGAUGAAUGCGAUGACAAUAUUGUAACAUGGCAAACCUACAAUGCUCUAUUCAUACUUCGCUGUGUAACGAAAUAUUUCAUUGAAAUCGAUUCGGAACAAAAUCUCCAUCCAUACUUCCUACCACAGGAAAAUUCAGAUCGUUCAUCACUGAUGAGUUUCUUUGUUGAUACCCUCUUUCGAACAACCAUUGCCGUUCCAGUUGAAUCUUAUUCGUAUGCCUUGCAUUUGGAAGUCCUGAAUACAUUAUUGUCUCUCUUAUCAAUUCAAAUGUGUGCCAAAGAAGCAGCACUUAUCAGUGCUAUAUAUAGUAUCUUUAUGCAUCGACUUGAUCCUUUGUUAAUAUCGGAAUUUACACGAACCUUGUUAGAACAUUUCAUCAAACAAACAGAUUGUCCACCGGCAAUAGCAGUUGCGCCGUUGAAUGAUGCGAAUGGUGACAGUGGAACAUUGUACAAAAUUGGACAAAGUGUUGCAUAUGGUCUAUGGUCGGUGGUUACUCUUGGUAUGACAUCAGCAUCGUCGUCAUCAACAGUAACUACGGACACGGCUGUUCCUCCGCAUGAUCCAGCCUAUGAUCUUCGUAAUCGGCAUUUAGCCAACCAAAGUAUUCAUUUGAUUUUAAUUCUAAGCAAUCAUUUCACGAAUGAUACCCAUCGAAAUCCAUAUCGAUUGGCUCUUUUACAUUUUACUGAUACACAAGAUACACCAACAAAUUUACCCGAUUCCGAGCCAUUGCCUUGGUUUUCAGUUGAUUAUCGUCGUCUAUACGAUGUUCUGUGUCAAACAGUGCACACAGACCAAAGUACAUUAUUAUUGUACAUGUUACUACAUCGUAACCAACACUUUAAAGCAUAUGUUAUCUCGCGAACGAAUAUUGACCAAAUAGUCUUACCAGUUCUACGAGUUAUCUAUGCAGCAACGGAACGAAAUUCUCAUCAUAUCUACAUGUCAUUGAUAAUCUUAUUGAUUCUAUCCGAAGAUGAUUAUUUUAAUCGAACAAUUCACGAUAUUAAAUUAAAAAAGCUAACAUGGUAUACUGAACGAUCAUUGAAUGAAAUCAGUCUCGGCGGUUUACUAGUUGCUGUUGUUCUUCGUACAAUUCAAUUUAACAUGACACGUAUGCGUGAUAAAUAUUUACAUACGAAUUGUUUGGCAGCUCUAGCCAACAUGUCAUCCCAAUUUCAAAAUCUACAUACAUAUGUUGCUCAAAGGAUUGUUUCCUUGUUUAAUCUACUCGCACGUAAACAUUCGAAAACACUCGAUCAUAUUCAACAACACUCGACGAAAACAGCAGCGAAUGAUGAAACUCUCAAUGAAUACGUUCAAGAUCUGACCAUUAUUGAGGAUGUGAUGAGAAUGGUUCUUGAAAUCAUUAAUUCGUGUUUGUCACAUACACUCAGACAUAACACUAAUCUGAUUUAUACAUUACUUUACAAUCGAGAUAUAUUCGAGAAUUACAGAACACAUCCGAGUUUUCAAGAUGUUUUACAAAAUAUUGACACAGUUAUCAUCUAUUUUGCUGAGAAAGUCGAUAAGCUCGAACAACGUUCGACGGAAUACGUGAAAGAAGCUUUAGAAAUGGGUGCUAAGCAAUUUCCAUUGGAUCGUUUGAAAAAAUUUCCAGAAUUAAAAUUUAAGUAUGUUGAAGAAGAACAACCUGAGGAUUUCUUUGUACCUUAUGUCUGGACGUUGGUCUACAAAUCUUGCAAUUUAUAUUGGUCAUCCGAAUCAAUUCUUAUCUUCAAACAACAACAAUCGUUAAUAACCCAAUGA